GGAGAGGUGUGGGUUGUAUAAGUUUGAAGGUGCUGGAAAGCUUGGCUAAAAGAUCGAGUGUGAGACUUUUGGGAGCGAGAGUUUUCCCUGGUGGUAUGGCCUGACCUUGGUAGCGGUAGUGAUUAACCUAGUUCUUUGGUGGGAAACCACAUGAGGCAAGUUUGAGGAUCGAGAUUACUUCGCGACUUGAAUAUUCCUACUUUCAUCCUCAAGCUCAAGCCAAACCCCAAAAUGCUCGCCUCCUUAAUCACCACCUUCCUCAUCCUAACCUUCUCAACCCUAUCUCUUGCCGACUCAGCCCCCUUCACCCUAACCGCAAACAGCACAAACACAACCCUAAACGGCCAACAAGCAUACAUCUACAUCGACCCAGCAGACCCCUAUUUCGGCCUCCUCUACUUCACAUCCGACCCCACCAUCCCCGCAACAACCUUCACCCUCGACUCUUCCGGCGGACACAUCCUCUCCCACCUCUCAAACACGACCUCCACUCUCUCACUCCUAGAAGCCAACACCAACAACGACGCCUACGACGAAACCAUCUUCUUCUCUCCGCCCUCCGUCGUAGCCGACGGCCAGAAUCCACCGACGUGUCAUGUGUAUGCCGGGCAGUUGAGUUGCGAGGUCACGAGUGAGGGGGACACGAGGUUGACGAAGACGUAUGUUUGUCCGGAUGGUGUCGGGUAUGGGACGAUUGGGGGCAGUUUGAAGAUUGGGAAGGUGGUUGUGGAGGGGUGUGAGGCGGUGGGGUUGGUGGUGAGUUAUUGAGGUUGUGAUGGGGGUUGUUGAAGGGGGAGAUGAGGUGAUUAAGGGUGUGAAUAGAGUGGUACUGGUGAGUUCGGCAAGAGUGCGUUGUACGUUGAUAUGUGAGUGAGUACUCAAAGUAAUGUUAUUGCUUGAUUUCGGCAUGUGUGAAGUCAGGUAGAGAUAGAAG